CAUUUGAGAACAUGUCCAAAUUCCAGUUCACGUGCUUGAGAAGAAUCCAUCAUUUUUCACGAGAUGCACCUAAACGAGGAAAGGUUCCUCUCAUACACGGCAGUUACCGAGGGUCCCAAAUUGUUUAAUGGUUUGUUUGCGUGAUGUGAGACGAGAUUCGAGGCGAUACGAAUCGUUUUGGAAUUGUUUGGGGUUUGUUUACUUGCUGGUUCGGUAACAGCAAGGUGCUGCAGCGAAGUUCAGGGUGCUUGAUCGAUUGUCUAAGGCAGCGGCGGACUUCUAAAGGUGGUGGUGUCUAUCAGUACUGGUAGUUCGACGGUGCUCGCGGCUACUCGGAGGCGUGCUGCGAGGGCAGCCAAUGGUGCAGUGAGCCGGUGCUUCGCAACCUCACAAAGAGGUCGUGAGGGAGUACAACGAUCAUCGGGCAGAACUUCAUCUCGUGAUCUGAAAGGGGCUGUGCAGGCUGCAUCGCACAGCUUGCAGAUGACAAACUUCUGAUUCACGACGUUCAGGAAAGUGAGGAAAUUCGUGUGCGAGGAGAACCUCUCGUGGCGAAACAAAUUCCAUCGUAGAAGAAAUUUGCCGCCAUGGUGCACGUUGCGAUGCCUGAGGUGGAUGCUAGCUACGUUCUGCUUCAAACAGGUAAUGUGAAGAAAUCACUAUGGCAGCAAUUUCGGAGCAACUGCUUCCAAAUGAAGAUGCUAAUAUGGUGGACGCUCCUGGGAGUAAGCUUCGGCUUGAUCGGUGGUCUCUCUAUGUACCAAUCGCAUCUCUCUCCACUGGCCAUCGAACUCAUAGGAUAUCCCGGUGAGCUGUUGAUCCGGGCAUUGCAGGAGCUGGUAUUACCAUUGAUGGUUUUUGCCCUCAUGAGCGGUGUCUUCAACCUGCGUCACUCUUCUAGCGGAGCUGGACGAAUCAUUCGAUGGUCUUUGCUUUAUUACUUGAUGUCAAUGCUACUGGCAGUCACCCUGGGUAUAACCCUCGUGUACAUAAUUCAACCGGGACGGAGCAGUCCCUUCACCAACAGUGCUAAAGUAGGGAAUUGUGGAGAGCACGCGAACAUAACUGCCUCUUUAGGGCUGUUGCAUGCGGAGAAGUCGGCGAUUAGCUCCUUGCUGAAUAUUGGGCGUGACCUGGUUCCUACCAAUAUAAUUGCAGCAGCUGCGCUGCCUAAUUACAUGGGAGUCAUCACAUUUGCAAUUGUGUUUGCCUGCGCACUCAACAGCUAUGGUGAAAGAGCAGAGCAACUUAUUCGUACCUUUGAGCUUCUGAACGAAAUUUUUCUAAAGCUCAUUUAUAUGGUGAUUGCAGUGACACCACUUGGAGUGGCGUCUCUGCUGGCAAGCACCAUUCUGAAGUCUUGCAGUCUUGUUGAGCUCAUAAAAGCUCUGGCAUUGUACGUCGGCACAGUGAUUGUAGGGUUUGGCUUACACUCUUGUGUGGUGAUUCCCACCGUCGUUUUUGUGCUGUCCCAGCAGAAUCCCUUCAAAAUUUUCAGGAAGUUUACGCCAGCACUGCUGUUAGGGUUCGGAACAUCUUCGAGUGCGGCAAGUAUGCCAGUUGCCAUGAAAUGUGCUGAGGAGUAUGGAUGCGCUAACAGCAUUGUGCGCUUCAUCAUUCCUAUGGGCACUAACAUCAAUCGAGACGGUGCCGCUCUGUAUGAAGCUGUGUCGGUGAUGUUCAUCUGUCAGGCACAUGGUUUAUCGUUGUCAAUUGGAAGCGUGGUAGUGGUCGCGUUGACAGCCACAUUGGCAGCAAUCGGCUCUGCAUCCAUUCCCAACUCUGCUCUUGUAUCCAUGAUUACAAUCCUGCAGGCGCUAGGGCUUCAAGAGUAUAUUCCGGACGUGGCGGUGCUGUACUCCGUGGACUGGCUGCUGGGCAUGGUUCGGACAACCGUGAACGUGUGGGGUGAUUCGAAUGCGUGCGUUGUUGUGGACACAUGGGCCAAACGUUACGCCAAGAAACAGGAGCGUUUGCCGAUCACCGUUAAUCGGUCUGCAAAGGAGGAGGCCGUCGUUGGGGGAAGCAGCCGGCAAUAGCCAUGUACACUACAUUCCAUUGCGAGAGAAAUUGAUUUUUUGUGCCGACAUAAGUCGGUUGUGAGGUGCGCGGGGUCAUAUUUGAGCAGGCGUUCAGUUGUAGAUAAUUAAUCAAUCCAGGUGUAGAUAGUGAGACGUUGUCUGUAGCAAAAGGUGAUGAUUGGGCAGUUGUGGUGAAUUCAAAAGCGCUUUGAAUUCAUCCUGCUCAGUAUAGACUGGUUGUGCGGAGGUUGUCCAAGUUCGGUAGCGAAGAUCAGAAGGUGUUUGAUGUCCGAAGUUAUUACCUCAUUUUAUGGACCUAUGGUAGGAGAGUACAGCUGUGCAGAAAUACUAUGUGGUGCAGUGUAGCAUUUGAGUACACGACAAAAAUGUGAGCUGAAGUACCCAGUGGUAGAGCCUGGUUUGUUCAAGUACUUGUGUUGAAUAUGUAUGGAGAUAGACAUAUACUAUUUGAACUGCUGUAGAGCAGAUGGUGGUGGUAUUCUGUGCAAGGUUGUUUGGAAUGGGUGAUCACUUUCUGUUGCGGUGGAUGUUAAUGCUGCACCACUCCAAGCACUAGUCCAAGAGAAACAUUUGUUGAAGGAUCGAAGACAAGUAGAGCAGGAAUUGUGUGAAACUUCAGUGGAAGUUUUAGCCCUUGACAAUUAACUCGUGCAAGGCAUCCAUGCAGUAGGUUAGAAUUUGGGGCAGUUAGGAUGCAUGUUGUAAUGCACAAGCAUUUGUUAUCCUAGGUCUCAAUUUGGAAGUGACCUCUACAGUUCUUUGAUAUAAUUGUAGAGGGAAUUUUUCAUCAGA